GAGCUGGUCUUCAGCCUGAACGGGCGGGAGCGGCGACUCGUCGACCCGCCUCCCUCCCUCACCCUCGCCGAGUGGCUCCGCUCCGAGGGCCUCACCGGCACCAAGAUUGGGUGCGCCGAGGGCGGCUGCGGCGCGUGCACGGUGAUCGCCGUCGGGUCGGACGGCCACCCGCGGGCGAUCAACGCGUGCCUCCGCCUCCUCUGCGGCUGCGACGGGCUCGCGCUCACGACUGUCGAGGGGCUCGGCUCGCAAGGCGCCGGGUACUCGCAGGUGAUGAAGGCGAUCGCCGAGGGGCAAGGCAGCCAGUGCGGCUUCUGCACGCCCGGCUGGGUGACUGCCAUGUCGGCGCUGCUG